CCCAAAUGCCCCUCCCCCUCCGCCGAAUUGCAACGUCGCUUAGAGACUGCAGACCCCUCUUGUCAACUCCUGUCCACAGCAAGGGCCCUUUGACGUCUCAAACUCCUUUUGAUUUUACAGCACGCCGCCUCAUCUCCCGUCAAGCUUUCUACAGGCAUAUUAGCGAUACAAAGAUGGCACCGCAACUUGAGCCGUUUUUUAAACAGGUCGACGACCUAUCUGGUUCCUUCAUUGACAGGCUACGAAAGGCUGUUGCCAUUCCUUCUAUUUCUGCGCAAGAUGAGAACAGAAAAGAUGUUUUCAAGAUGGCGCAAUUUCUCGCUUCUGAGCUUGAAGCUUUGGGGGCCGAAGUAGAACAACGACCGCUAGGGAAACAACCCGGCAAGGAGCAUCUUGACCUACCUCCAGUCGUAGUUGCUCGGUAUGGCAAUGACAAGAACAAGCGUACCAUCCUUGUUUAUGGGCAUUAUGACGUGCAGCCUGCCUUGAAAGAAGACGGCUGGGCGACAGAACCCUUUGAACUAACUGUUGAUGAUCAGGGAAGGAUGUUUGGACGAGGAAGCACUGAUGACAAAGGCCCUGUUCUAGGCUGGCUAAACGUAAUCGAGGCCCACAAGAAGGCCGGUGUGGACUUUCCGGUGAAUCUCCUUUGCUGCUUCGAAGGCAUGGAGGAAUACGGCUCGGAAGGUCUGGAGGAGUUCAUUCAGACUGAGAGCAAAGGAUUCUUCAAGGACGCAGAUGCUGUUUGCAUUUCGGACAAUUACUGGCUCGGGACAGAGAAGCCCUGUCUCACCUAUGGUCUUCGUGGGUGUAAUUAUUAUUCCGUGAGCGUGUCUGGCCCUGCUCAGGAUCUGCACAGCGGAGUAUUUGGGGGCUCUGCCCACGAGCCGAUGACUGACUUGGUGAAUAUUCUCUCCAAACUUGUGGAUCCCCAGGGAAACAUCUUGAUCCCUGGCCUAAUGGACCUUGUUGAGCCCUUGUCUGAGGAGGAGAAAUCCUUAUACCCAAAUAUCAGUUACACUAUGGAUAACCUCCAUGAGUCUUUGGGCAGCGAAACGGGCAUCCAUUCCACCAAGGAGAGAACUCUCAUGGCGAGAUGGAGAUAUCCUUCCUUGUCUAUUCAUGGUAUCGAGGGUGCUUAUUCUGCCCCCGGGGCUAAGACUGUGAUUCCAGCCAAGGUAAUCGGCAAAUUCUCCAUUAGGACAGUGCCGAACAUGGAGAGUGAGGAUGUGAACAAGCUCGUGUUCGAUCACAUCAAGUCAGAAUUCGCCAAACUCAACAGUAAGAACAAGUUAGACGUGUGGCUCCAGCAUGACGGAAAAUGGUGGGUUGCCAGUCCCAAGCACUGGAAUUUUACUGCUGCAAGCAAGGCUGUUCAGCAGGUCUUUGGUGUUGAGCCUGAUAUGACCCGCGAAGGGGGCAGUAUUCCGGUCACAUUGACAUUUGAGCAAGCCACUGGGAAGAACGUUUUGCUUUUACCAAUGGGCAGCUCAACUGAUGCUGCGCAUUCUGUGAACGAGAAACUUGAUAAGAGAAAUUACAUCGAAGGAACUAAAUUGCUGGGGGCUUAUCUGCACUAUGUCGCAGAGGAACCCAUGGACGAAUAAGAGCUUGCACUACCCUGCUGUGUUCCAGCCUUCAUGCCGGGUAGUGUGCUUGCUUUGCUCUUAUGGAACACAGGGCAUACAGAUUUUCGUCUUGUCAUUUGAUCUUCCCUUUCCCAUGGAACAUCUGCCCUGUACAUAUCGUUCAACAAUCCACUCUAUCUCUUGACUGAUACCGUGCUGAAGCUUGUCUUGGACCGCUGUGCACCACCAUCGCGUAAUACAGUUAGCAUGAUGAUAACUCAUCGCCUUUAUCGUCAUAAUGUGUGAAGUUCCGGCGUUGCAUCUUGGAAACCACCGAUAUGACCUACUGCCAUCAAAUGGGUAUGGGUCCCCAUGUAUAUUACGCUCAUGCACAAG